GCCGUCCGCCGUUAAAAGGCGCGCACGCACACAGCAGAAUAAACGGUGUUUGUGUACGCGGUUCAGUAAAAUUUGUCCUCAGUAUAGUGCUAUUUUGAUUACUAAUUUUAGAAAGCGAUAUUGGUGCAUUCCUAACAGCGUUUUCACUCAGCUUUACCUCGCUUUUUUCACGUAUGAGGAAGAUGACAUUCUACGACGUUUUCUUUCCUUUUCCUCGUCAUGAAGAAGAACUGGUACGUACGUUCCAGUGUCAUGCAGACCCCUCAGUAGGGGACCCCUCAGUGACUGAUGCGCUUUCACUCUCAACCAUUGAACUCGACACAGUAAAUUCAGCUACACUUUAAGAUGAGAAUUCCAAACUGUUGCAGUGAAGCAUUUGAACCUGUUGGAAUAUGAGAAGAGCAAGAUUAGUGUACCUGCAAAAGAGAAAUUAGGAAAAAGAAUGGAAUCACUUGAAAGAAUCCAAGAGCAACUGAAAAAAGGACUGUCUGAGCUUGAGAAUUUAUUUAAGAAAGCAAAAGAUGUAAAUGAUGCUGAAGUGAAAGCGAUAGAGGAGCAUAUUCGUUUGGCACUUGAUGUUCCACAAGAAAGUUGGGCCCCAAAAGGUCAGUCUUUGAAAGAUCUCAUAGACAAUAUUUCCAGAAAUAUCCAGGAUUUGCAGAAUUCUUCUCAUCAGCUUCAGUGGAUUUCAGAUAAGGAUGUUUUGAAAAAUGCUUCUGGAGGUUUAUGUCUUGAAGGUGUUUACAAAACUGGCAAGUUCGAGGACUUGCUGGACAAACGAGAACAGCUCAUUGAGAUUCCUGAAUCUUUUUCACUUCGUGGGCCUGAACAGAGUACCAUGUACAAUCAGAAAGAAUUUUCAUCCUCCAGAUCUGAAAGUGUGUUCCAGAAGGCCAUUGAAAAACUUGGUUUCACUUUCACCUGUGCAAGCAAAGUCAGUUACUGGGGUUUUGGAAUUGAAAACACAACAGAGAGGAGUCAGUCUACAGGAAAAGAGGAAAAAAGUUCACACUCAUCUGAGCAGUCUCACAUCUUCAACAUGAAGUAUAACUACAUCCCUCUGGCUUCCAGCUUCAUUGAGAGAGACCAGCUCAGGCUGUCUCAAGGGGCCAUAAAUGCACUUAAAGAAAUUGAAGUUCUUUUAAAUUCCACUAACAGAGAAGCACUAAAAGACAGAGUUAUGACUUUUUUUGAGGGGUUUGGCUCACAUGCAAAUCAGGGUCCAAUUCACUUUGGUGGAGUUUUCUGUUGGAUGGCAUCUGCCGAAGGGGUUAACAGUAGUGAUCUCUCAGAAAUUAAAAGCUUAACAUCUGAUGCCUUAAAUGUGUAUGUUGGUGCUGGAUACAGUAGCCUUAACCUGAAUAUAUCAGCUGGAGUGAAAAUAUCAUCUUCAGAGUUGAAAGGAUUUUUUACAAGAGAACACAAUGAAGGCCUUAUGAAUCAAGUACAUUUGUCCAUUAGAAAGACAGGUGGCCCAGCUGAGUUUGAUGACCACUUGAAGUGGAAGGCACAUCUCGCCAAGAAUAAUAGAACCUGGAGUGUAAUAGAUAGAGGAACGAGCUUUGUCCCAGUCUGGGAAAUCGUAAUGUCUGCUCACAGAGAAGUGUUUAGAGAUACAGUCAAGUUAAGCACCACAUUAAAAAAGAUCUUUGAAGACUUUACAGAACAAAAUGUGAAGACAAUGCAAGCACAAAUAAUCCUGUCAGCAAUUGAAAGAGCAAAUGUGAUGAUUCAAUCUGUAAAAGACUGGAAACUCUCAGACAGUGAUUUUCAUUUGGCAAAAUUGCUGGACCUGAAAAUAAAGCUGAAACAUGAAACUGAUUCUCACAACAUCUGGAUCCACACAUGCCUCUCCAGUCAGCUUCUUCAAGAUUACUUUGUGAAAGUUGUGAAUGCAAAUAAAGCUCCAACUGCUAUACACCAAAGAUUCUUAAUGCGUGUUCUUCUAGAACCGCUGCCUGAUGGGCUACAUUUUCCAAACAGAAGUAAAAUAAUGAAGUGGGCAUAUCAGUCUGACGAAAAUCCAGCACGUGUUUCAGUUUCAGAUUUUCAUACACUGAUCAGCAACCUAAAGCAAAUUAGAGAAGAACUGGAAGAUGCAGUUUUCCUCAGUUCCACCAAACUUCAUCAUGCUAAAGUCAAUGCCAACUGUAAAGUAACUCUGUCGAUAAACUCACUUUGUCACGCCUUGAGAGAGAAAAAGGAGGAAGAAGCUGAACUUUUGGUUCUUCUCAUACUUGACAUCUUUGGAUACAAAAGGCAGAAUAAGACAUUUGACCACCUUAUGGAUUCCAGAGAAAUCGGCUUAUUACAAACUAAGAUUUCAGAUGGAUACGAAAAAUAUUCUUCCCUGAAACAGAAAAGUCUAUCAAAGGCUCAAGCGUACCUGAUUCUCACAGCUCUCACUUUGUCCUUAGAUGAUGGUAAUGUUCCAUCACAUAAAAUUACAGAACGGUUAGACCUGAUACAAUCACAGCUUAAAAAUACCCUUUCAGAUAAUAUAGAAUUCGCAAUUGAAGGAUGUCACAGUAACUGGGAGAUUCUUAAAAGAGAAGUGCUUUCCAUUAUUGACCCAAGCCUUGAAAAAAAAAAUAUUAAUCAAAAGAACGUUGAAACUCAACUGAAUGAUCUACUAACAAACCGAGUUGUCGCUUUCUCUGAGGAGACGUGUAUAAAAAGUGAACCAUGUGGCGAAAAUGUAAUGGAUAGCUUUACUAAUUUACUGCAGAAACUGGGAAUUAAUGCUUUCUAUACCAAAAAGAUGCAACUGAAAGAUAUCCUGGUUAUUAACAAUUUGGCACAAAAUGUACAUGAACCCAACACAGAGGAGCAGCUGACUUCUCUCUAUCUGUAUAAGCUUAUGAUGUUGGAUUACAGAGCCAGGUAUCUCUUUAUUAACCCUGAAGAGACUGAUUCAAUUUCAGAAGACACCACUGCAAUUGUUGAUGAUGAAGAUUUUUUCAGUAUUGAUCAUGAAUCAUCAGUGAAUAUUCAACACAAAAUAUCACACAUUCAUCCAAUGGAUAUCCAUAUGGCUGUUUUCCACUGUGCCAAUGACUUCUUGAGACAAUACAUCUUCACAAAACUCACUGCUUGUCAGUUUGCACUACCAUUCUUAGUGCCCAAUCCCUGUACUGGAGCGGUGGAAUUCCCGCUCUGGCCCCUGCGGAACAUUAAGAAAACCUGGAGAAGUACAGCGCAAUCUAACACUGAUAACCCUGGAAAAUACAAGAGCAGACAAAUGUUUAGCACACUGGUUCCUUUUGUUUCGUUCAUAAGACUGGGAACCUCAUCCAACUCAAAGUCUCAGAUUUUGAAUGCUGUUAUUAGCAAGCAGAAGCACAAUGUGUUUUUUAAUCGGCAUUGUACAGGCAGCACUCCCAACAGUCUGCUUAUGAGUGGAGUUGUUGAGAUUGCUUGGUAUUGCCCAGGAGGAAGGAAAGAUGACAUUUUUGAUGACUGUGUGUCUUUCCUAAACCUUCACGGUGAUGCUAAAGAAAAUCCAGAGCAACUACAGUUCCUGCAGGCAGUAAGUACUGUCAUUGUGGUUCUGCUUCCUGAACACCCACAAGAUGAUGAGAAACACAUUUGCCAAAGUCUUCUAAAGUCCUCAAUCCCACUUAUCUGUCUGUUCUCUGGACAAGAAACAAUUUCAGCUUCUAAAAAUCCAGUGCAAGUGAGACUUGCUGCCAAAAACAGGAAUGAAGCUGAGUUGACAGAAGAACUAAUAAAACAUAUCAAACAAUGCAUUGCUAGAUCUGACAAAAGGACAAGUAUAAAAAUGUGCCUGGAAGAAGCAAGAAAACGACAAUUUAGUAUCGAUGAAGAAAAGUCAUCACUUAAAAAUGGGUUUGCACAGGCUCAGAGUUUGGUAUGUAUACUGAAGGAGGGCAACAUUUCAACAAUCAAACAAGAAUUUUUGCCUCUCCAAAGUCAACUGUGGCAUAGCUGGUGUAAGUUAAACAAAGAACAGUAUCGUCUGCACAGCAAUGCCAAGGAAAGCCUUGAAGUACAAAAGAGCAGAAUUAGAGUUGAAAUGAAAGCAAUGCGAAAGAAACAGCUUGAAAAAGCUACACCACUCAAUGAUUUCAUGAGGUCAUUUCUGGAUUGCCUAACUUCAGAACACUGUUCAGAGGACACAAAGUUCUACAUGCUGCAGUGGCUUAAAAUUCUACUUGAUGAACUAAUCGCUGACCCUUUUGCAAAACUUGAAGAGGAUUAUCACUCAUCUUGGACCAAAAUGAAAAAACUUUUCAACAGCAAAGAAAAAGCAUGUGAAUUAGACCAACUUAAAAAACAGCUCAAUGCCAUAUCUGUCGAAAUGACAGCUAUGACAGUUGGACUUCAGCACAUAAUGAGAGAGGCUGGUCAGUUGUAUGAGGCAGUCCAGUCCAAAACACCUGGUGACAGUUUAACUCAAAAUGUAGAUGCUCUUCCUGCAAUAGGAGCAGAAAUGCUAAUUUCAGGACACGCACUGGAAUUAAUGGAUGGAGACGCUUCCCAUGUUCCUUUAGUGUGGAUCCAAGCUGUUCUAGACAAAUUAACUGAAAAGCUUGGGGACAAAAGGGUCUAUGUGCUCUCUGUGCUGGGACUUCAAAGUUCAGGUAAAUCCACCUUGCUGAACACUAUGUUUGGAGUUCAGUUUGCUGUGAGUACGGGAAGGUGCACAAGAGGAGCUUUUAUGCAACUACUUAAAGUGGAUUCAGAUACUAGAGAUGAACUUGGAUAUGACUUUUUGCUCAUUGUUGACUCAGAAGGACUCCGGUCUCCAGAGCUCAGCACAAAGACAGGUCUGACACAUGACAAUGAACUUGCCACUUUCAUCAUUGGAAUUGGUGACAUGACUGUGAUCAACAUCAUGGGGGAAAACCCAUCUGAGAUGCAGGAGAUCCUACAGAUUUGUGUGCAAGCAUUUCUGCGAAUGAAACAAGUUCAAUUCAAACCAAGCUGUGUUUUUGUGCACCAAAAUGUGGCAGAAGCAUCAGCAGGUGACAACAAUAUGGAGGGAAGGAGACGCCUUCAAGAAAAAUUGGAUGAAAUGGCUCGGAUGGCAGCAGAUGAAGAGGAAGUAGAUGGAGUUUUCAGUUUUAGUGACAUAAUAAAGUUUGACAUGGAAACUCAAGUAUUUUACUUUAAAAAUCUUCUAGAGGGAGAUCCUCCUAUGGCUGCACCAAAUCCUUCUUACAGCCAAAAUGUGCAAGAGUUGAAGUCCAAACUGCUUUCAGUUACAAAGUGGCAAACAGGUCGCCAGUUUCCGUUAUUAUCACAAUUCAAGUCACGAGUCACAGACCUCUGGAAUGCGCUUUUAAAAGAAAAUUUUGUUUUCAGUUUCAGAAACACAAUGGAGAUGGCUGUAUACAGUGAUCUGGAAGAUAAGUAUGUUCAGUGGUCAUGGGAAUUGAGAAAGCAUACUCUGGAAACCCAGAACACAAUGCACAACAAAAUUGGUAGCAACUUAAUUCAAAAUGUGAGCUAUGCAGAGCUUGCUAAGAAUUUUCAGGAAGUCUACAUUCAGAUAAAAAGCAAUAUUGAGACAUAUUUCAAAGAAAACAAAAAUGCCGAAAUCCUUGUCAAGUGGAAAGCAAACAUUGAAAAACGAUUUGAGAGCUUGAAGAAUGAACUUGUUGAGGAAACUCAUAAGAAAUGCCAAGAUCUGAUAGCAAUUAAGAAAUGCAGAUUGGAACAGGACAGGAAGAGAUCUAAAUAUGAGGCAGAAUUGCUUCAAGCCAGCAAAGCACUUGCAUCCACUCUGAAGGAGCAGCAACUUAAUGACAGUGAAGUAGAGGGCGAAUUUGACAAGCAUUGGGUUAAGUGGAUAACCAAAGUGGCAGGGGAUCAGCCACCAGAGGAGCCAGUCAAUGUAAAAGCACCUUUGGAGAGAGUGCUGCUGUCUAGGUUCAAGAAACAGCCUGAUAUUAUGAGAAAGAUAGAUGAAAAUGAGAAGUUUAGGUUUCAAAAGACGAAACAUGUAAGUUUAAAAGAAAGAUUUAUGUCAUGGCUCCUUCGGGAAGAGAAUGUAGAGGAGUGUGCUGAGGAACUCAGAAAUAAUGUCAGUCAAACAGCUAAUACCUACAUUAGAGAGAAAGAAAAUCAGCAGGCAGAUUUCAGUGAAAAUUUCAUUUAUGAAUUACUGACAGAAAUUGAAAGUAGCGUUGCUAAAUAUGAGGAAGAUGAAAGUAUCAAAUUCACACAAGAAUUUAGAGUUGACUUGUCAAUCGAUGUUUGUCUCAGGUCUGUUGAAAGAUUUCAGAAAAUGCAUGAAAAUUUCAAGAAAGUGAGCAAUCCAGUGACGUAUCUGCAAAGCAAGAGAGACCAGUACCUCCAGAUGUUCAAAAACUAUUGGAAAGGAGCCAGUUCUGUGAAAAUAUUUGCCAGUUUCCUUUUUAAAUGCAUGCAUCCUGCAAUCCGUCAGGCAGUUAAUGACAAAACGUACCUACAGAUUGCUAACGCCAUAAAAUCUGAAAAUCCAGCUUUCAGCGGCAACAGGUUAAACCUCGAAAAUCACAUAAUGAGACACCUUGCAAAUGAGGAGAAUUUUAAAUUGUUUGAACAAUACAUUGGUCAACCAAAGAUGUACUUUGAAAGGUUUAUCGCAGAACAGGUGGAAAAAUUUUGCAAAGAUGCCAAAAGGCUAAUUGAAAUGCUUCAUGAAAAUCUAGAAGAACUGAAAGCAUAUAUUUUGUGCGUCAGCACAGAGGUGUGUAAUGAAGUGAAUGAUAAGCAUGGAAAUGCAUCCAUGUGGCUUGACCGUUUCUGUAAAAAACUUGGAGGGUGCAUGGUCAUACAGAGAGAUGACCUGAAAAGUAUAGAAAAUGAAGACAUUUGUGAUGUGGUGUUCCUGAAAGACAUGAUGGCCAAGUCUCUUGAGGAAAAUGCUGAAACAGAAAAUGCAGAAGCAACUGAUCUUAUUGUCAGGAAAGUUAAAGAAAUUCUGUUUAGGCAGUUUGGUGGAUGUUGGGCCAAGUGUCCAUUCUGCAAAGUCGUCUGCACAAACACCAUCAGUGGCCAUAGUACUAAGCACAAUGUCAUGUUUCAUCGUUCUGUGGCUUUGGGUCAUUGGAAAUGGCAUGAAACAGAUACAUUUAACGUUGAUUUUUGCUCUUCUCUGGUAAGCAGUGAUGUAUUGUUUUCACAUGACAAUAACUGGACACCCUACAAGUCAUACCAAGAUGCUGGAGACCCUUUUGAUAAGUGGAGCAUCACAGCAGAGGGCAGCGAACAGCGCUACUGGAAAUGGUUCAUUUGUAAAUUCCAGAAAGAUUGGGAGAAAAAAUGUGGAUUAAAAUUUGCAGGCCGAGGUAAAAUCCCUGAGGAAUGGAGAAAGUUCAACAAAGAUCAAGUGCUGAGUGAGUUAAAGUAAAAUUAUAAAAUUCCUGUAAGUUUCUGUAUGUGAAACUGAUGUAGUGUAUUAACUCAGCUAAGAGAAGCAGCAGCAAGAAGAACAUGAACCUGCAGCUGAGAACAUAGAAAAGAAAAUGUCCAGGCUUCAACAGUAUCACAUAUAUUGAAGAUAAACCGCUGAUAGCUUGGCAUGCUGAAGACAAGUAGAUUGCAUGUUCUCUGUGUAACAGAUUUGAUGCUUAUUUAGUGUUAUAUACUUGUGUUUUGUUGUUCUGUUUUGUGCUUUUUUUCCUCAAAUAUUGCGUGAUAAAUGGAUCAUAGCAGUGAAUUAUGAAAGCUUAUAUUGGUCACAUGUAGAGCUUGUUGCCACUUGUAAUAAAAUCUGC